AUGUCACCACUAUCAUCCCAAUCCAAACUACUCAUCCUUCGUACCGUCUUCCAACACCAACGCCCAUCCACCUCUUUUCCAGUGAAUCGUUCAUUCUCCACCUCUCGCUCUUACUCCACAUCUCAGUCCACAACAACCUCAACACGCAUAUCUCGCGAGACUUUGCAUCGUCUCCACCGCCUAUCAGCUCUUAACCCUCCUCCACCCGAUUCAAGCGAAGAAGGAGAGCUAAUCGAUGAAUUAUCAGAAUUGAUCUCACUAAUGGACGAAGUCAAGCAAAUGGAGUUACCUCAUUCGCUGGAAGAGAGGGCGGAUCUGUUGAAUCAGGGUGUGUUUGGGGAAGUAACAAUAUCGCAGGAAAGUUUAGAUCGAUUGGAUAAGAUACGACAGCUGGGAAAUGGACAAGUGGAGGAUAAAGCUAGAGAAAGGUCUGGGAAACAGUUAUUGGACUGGUCGACUAAUAGGUUAGGGGAUUAUUAUGCUUCCAAGAAAUAA